GCGUUCCGUGAAGGUUAGGGGUUUAUUCAGACGCGUCUUUUCUGCAGUUUGGAAGUGUCAGGCUGUGCUUUUGAAGGGUAUCUCUGACGCCGGGACUGCCUCCUGGAAAUUGCUCGUUCUCCUGGUUCUUUCCCUCUCAAGCGACUUUUCUCUCUGCCCCGAAAUCGCGUCCCCCUUUUUCACCGAUGCCUCCCGUUGGAUUGGCCGUGAAAGGAAGCGCUAGACUGGCCUCCAGAGUGCUCCUUCCCGACGGUGUCUCUCGUUCCCUCCCUUUCCCUCUCAAGUCAUCCAAAGCCCUGCCGGGGAAUGGGAGGGAAAAAAAGUUGCAUGUGAAAAAGUUGAAAUAAAUAUUCCCUUCGGGAGAUUUGUCAUCUUGUUGAUCAUUAAACUGAGUUAGAUCUAGCAGCGUUUGAUUUCUCCACUUCUCUCUUGUUUUGCUUUGACUGAAGGGGAGCAAUGGGUUUGCUGUCUGCUCCUCUUGAAGGUUUAAGACUGGUUGGGAGACAUUUCCAUAUCUAUGAGUAUCCCUCUGUAUCUCUGUCCGAUUUUCUGAACGUUCAGUAUUGAAUUGUAAAUAAUCAGGACGAGAUUAUAGGUGUUUCACUGUGAUCUCCCUAUUCUGUAAUAAGAAGGGAAAGAAAUUCAGGGUUGGAAAACUGGAGAUAUGCAGUGGUGAGACCACAGACGCAGGUGUCUUAAUCUUGCUCUAAAAUUCUAAACAAUUUCCUUCAUUUGAGCUUCAUAUUUCAAAAUCCCCGAAUGUGAAGUGAUGCUAAAUGAAGCUGCACGUUAGAUGAAAUCACUCAUACAUCACCUGAUCUUCACAAAUAUUGGUAUAAUGCACUAUGGAUAAACUAUUGAUUGCUGACCAAUGUCUUCAACAUCUGGGGAUUUUGACUGCCUAUCUUUAGGAGAAAAAUACUUUGGCAAUGAAUGUCAGGGCAUGUGGUAUGAGCCAUAGGACAACAUGCACUCCGCACAGGCCUGGGAUGGUAAAUGUGCAGCAGUACCCAUCUAUUAAACUGCAUAUAGAAGCUCCUUCUGUUUCUUCUAAUAGUAGCACCCCGGGCCCUCCUAUUGGAAACCUAUUGACCCCCUCACAUUUAAAGACAUCUCUUGGAGGAGGUGUGGCUCAUCAGAGCAAUGCCGUUGACUGUAAUAUUCACUUUCCUGCUUUAAGUCCAAAGAGACAAAUGGUUACAAAUGGAAAGUCUUUAUUCCACGUCCCGCAACCUCCAGGGGUAACAACUCCACAGUUUUUGAAGCCAAAGGAGCAAGAAUUUGGAAAUAAGUUUACCACAAGCACAGUAAAAGGAGCUUUUGUCUACGGAUCCCAGUGCAAGUCCAUUGGAAAAAACAGCUGUAACAAUUUGAUAAUCACCAGCAGUCCAAUGGUUGUUCAGAGGCUGGGACCUCUAUCUCCUUCGGCUCAGCAGGUCUCAACAGCAUGCAGCCAAAUCGGCCCUAGUUUACAGAGGGCUAUGAAUAUGUCAGAUCCAGAUAUACCAUCCGAUACAAGAUCCCUCAUGUCACGAGAAUCUUUGGCGUCCACAACGUUGAGCCUUUCAGAAAGCCAGUCAAUACAAAGUGUCAAACAAGAGUGGUUUCACGGUUAUAGAGUUUAUCCUUCUCUUCCCUCCAACUCGAGUUCACAAAAUAGCAGUCACUUCGGUGAUGUCACAAAUGCUACAUCGGGGAUAUCCAUGUCCAACAACUUUUCUACUUCAUUGCCAUCUUACUUGCUCAGUAUGGAAAACAACCAUCCACCUUAUUCUAGCCCUCACCAUUCCUCAGCCAGAUCUCAUUCCGCAAAAAAGAGAGCGCUGUCUCUGUCCCCUUUGUCUGAUGGCAUUGGGAUUGACUUCAAUACGAUCAUCCGCACCUCCCCUACUUCUCUAGUUGCCUAUAUAAAUGGUUCAAGAACAUCUCCGUGCAACAUCUCUCCUCAGCCUGAAGUUUAUGGGCAUUUCUUAGGAAUAAAGGGAAGUUGCAUCCCUCAGACUUGCUCUAUACCAAAUCCUCAAAAAAGGCUUCUUAUGGCUAAUUGCAAUGCUACCCCUCCAGACUACAGUGAAAAUGGAAAUAGUGAAUACCAGCGCAUGCAACAGUUGGAGCAAAGCAAUCUGCAGCCGUUGAUCACAAAUAAUAUGAUGGUUCAACAAGGUACAUGUUUAGUAGAGAGCCAACCUAUGGGCUUUGUGAAGGGUGGACAUGGGGAUAUUUUUUCUGGAAAUGCAAAUGGUGUUCCCUCUGCUUCUUCACUGGCUCCCCCUGUGCUUCCUCCUCCACAUGGUCCACCGCCUCCCUAUCACGCACAUCAGCACGCGCUCAUCAACCAUUCCCGUCCACUUUCCUUGCCUGCAUCUAUCCAGAACUGUUUUUUAGAUGAAGACAGUGAACUCGAAGAUUUCAGUGGCAAGCACUGCUGUCGUUGGAUAGACUGCAGUGCUUCCUACGAUCAGCAAGAAGAACUUGUGCGACAUAUAGAAAAAAUUCACAUUGACCAGAGGAAAGGGGAAGAUUUCACUUGUUUCUGGGCUGGGUGCCCUCGAAGAUACAAAUCAUUUAACGCCCGUUACAAAUUGCUUAUCCAUAUGAGAGUGCAUUCGGGGGAGAAGCCAAACAAAUGUACGUUUGAAGGCUGCAAGAAGGCCUUUUCUAGACUAGAAAAUCUGAAGAUUCAUUUAAGGAGCCACACUGGAGAAAAACCUUACCUUUGCCAGCAUCAAGGCUGUCAUAAAGCAUUCAGUAAUUCCAGCGACCGAGCCAAGCACCAGAGGACGCACCUGGACACUAAACCUUAUGCUUGUCAGAUUCCUGGCUGCACCAAACGAUACACAGAUCCAAGUUCUCUAAGAAAACAUGUAAAGGCCCAUUCUUCUAAAGAUUUGCAGGCCAGAAAAAAGUUGCGUGCCACUACAGAACUGGAUCAAGACAUUCUCAAUGACUGUCUGACUAUCCAGGCUAUUCAGGUCCCUUCAUCUCCCCAUGAUGUUUCUGCCACCACUGUCCAACAAUCACCGGGACAUGUCCAUGACCUUUACUCAGCUACCAUGUUCUCCAGCACUCCUUCAAAUCAAAGUGGAAUUGCUGUGGGCAAUGAACCUGCCUCACAUGCUGUGAGCCUCCCUUCGCCAAGGCCCAGCAUUCACGAGAGCCCCCGCAACCCAUCCAUGGGGGAUCCAGGAACAGAGAGCCAUGGGAGAAUUCCUCCUCCCCCUCCUUUCAUGCAGAAAAGAACAUCACAGCCUUCAACAACCCAGCAAUUUGGAGAAGUGCAUUUGAAGACGAAUGGUUCGCUGAGCAAUCCUUCUUUUCAGCCAAACAGCAUCCAAAUCCAAGGUGUUUAUGGGCAACUACAAACUUUCUGCUCCCCUCAUUAUACUGACAAUCAGAGAAAUAUACAACACAUUGGAACAUGUAACAUGGUCCCUCCUUUUGAAGAUUGUUUGGUACCUACAUCUAUGGGUCAGGCAGGUUUUGAUGUUUUCCAUAAAGCAUUUUCAGCACAUUCUGGUAUUACAGUUUAUGAUUUUCCAAUGGCCUUUGGUGACUCACUGCGCAGUGGAGUGGAAGAUGCAAGUUUCCUCCAUAUAAAUGCUGUGGAUCGUUGUCCUAGUCAACUGUCUUCACUUUAUAUGGAAGGCUGAGGAGGCACAGACCACAGGUCUGCAUAUCAUCUCAACCAUUCAGUCUACUAAAGAUCAUCUUCUGUUGGUCAGCACAACUCUGAAAGUGCUUGCUCAAGAAAUAAAGAAAACAUCACCAGAAAGAUCCCAACUUCACAGCUGCAGCUAAUAUAAGGUGUUGCAAGAUGUUGGUUGACGUGUAUUUGCCAAAUGUGAGCAAUUGCUCUUUAAUUUGGCCUUUUCUGUUGCAUAACCAUUCCCAAAAGAAAAUGAUUACUGCACUGCUUAGUAUAUUUUUAAACAAAUUGUUGAGAUUUUAAGUUUUUAAAACCUUCUUGGAGGAAUUCAAAAAAUGGUCAACAACAAUAAACCUCUCACAAAAGCAGAUUUCUAAAAUAAAGAACCUCCCUUGCAGUGCUUUGAAAUCUAAGCACACUCAUAGGAUGGAGGGUGAAAAGGGAACGUAUUUUUUGUGAUAUGAUAUUGGUGACAACAGUACAAUUUGAGCUUCUUUUCAGCAUCCAGUAUUAACAGUUAGCUUAAAGAGGUCUGUGCUGGUGAUUUUUUUUAAGCCAUGCUCAAAAGGGCCAAAAGUCAUAAAAGGGCCAAGAUUGAAGACCCCUGGCCUAGCAUGUCAUUUCAGAUCUUUGAGGUCACACAUAGUUACGUUCAGAAAUUUUGUACAUCUGUGAGAGAUCUUUUGUACUUUAUUCAUCAUGUAUUUUAAAAGUUUAUUUUCCCCACAUUAAUAUUGCACAUACUGUAUGCUAAUAUAUAAAUCUGAUGGUUUUUUUUCUACUUUUCUGUCAUCUUUUUGCUAAAAACAGUUAGCACAUCAGGUAUUAACUCCAUUGCAAAGGCUUUUGUGUUGUUUUUGAAUAGUGAUAAAUACGUUUGGGAAGUAAAAUGUGGAUUUGCCUUUCAAGGUGUGGUCUUUGUCAUAGAUACAAAGUCAUGUAAUUCAAACAGCAGCCUUCUUUAUUCAUUAUUUACUUGUGGCUUGUUUAGUCAUAUUGUGGUCAAAUCAUUUGAAGAAUUUCUCACUCUGCAUGGUCUUUGGUAAUGACCUGUUAUCGCUAAUGAAAAAAAAAUCUGUGAAGACGUCAGCCAAAGGAAUUAUUGUACAUAAACUAUAGUAAGAAUGAGUAGAAAGUUUCUAAAAUCAUCAUUCAAGCUUCCAAAAUCCUGAUACUGAAUUAUAUUUACAUUUAUUAAAGUGCUUUGUGAAUUUAUGGGUACAGUGUAGCCACCUUUUAAAAUAUUCACUACUAGUAUAAAAGCAAAGUGUGUUUAUUCUAUUCCAGCAAAAGAAAUCUGGGUGGGGAUCCCCGUGUUGAAUCAGAUUUUGAUUGCACUUUAUUGUCAUCCUCUGCAGGAUAAAAAAAAAAUUGUACCUAGUGACGAAGAGGCUGGAUUAUUUUUAUAAAAGUAACAGUGCCAAAGCCAUCUGUUUGGAGAAUGGAGUUCAGGCUCUCUUCUCCCGAUCCCUAUAUAAUCACAUCUAUCCAUAGCCAUUUAUUUAAUGAGAAAGCGCUUGUAGAUUCUUGCAGCAGCUCAUAUUAUGGGGAGGAUUGAAAAUGGGUAUACAAAAUAGAUAUAGAUGAGAGAGGGGGGGAGGGAGAGAGGGAGAUAGAACAUACUACAUAGCUGAAUCUUUACAUUUAGGCUUACAGUUUAGAAAUGAAGUUGUCCUUCUCAGAUUUUAUUAUGUCUUGGUUUUAAUUUUUGAAAAAUGUUCUAUAGCCCCCCAAAGGCUAUUUUAUUCUUGGUAGCUUAGAAAUACAAAGCUGCACCUGUUAAAAGGAGCUUUUUGCUUUUAGUGAAAAGAAAUACUUAUAUUUGCAUUAAAUGCCACUGAAAAUAGGACUUUCUUUAAGAACUCUUUUUGUCAGAAAAAUGGAGCACAGGGAUACAUGGAAGGUCAGGUUUUAUUAGAGAGCCUAUUCCCCCGUUUCUAUCCACCUUUCUACCUUGCUCAAGCCCUUUUCAUUGGCACUGAAAGCAGCAAAUCCAAAAGUCCUGUCCAGAAAGAUCCAAUCCCUUCCCACCUCCAAGCAAUCUGAUCCCAUCCAGGAACAUAAGCAAGGCUUCAUUUGGGUGGCCACAAACAGGAUUUCCUCUAACCUUGAAUUCUGAAAAGUGUGAACAAGCCUCACAUCUCAGAAUUCAAGGUUAAAAGAAAUCCUACUUGUGGGCCACUCAAAUGAAGUCUUGCUAAUUUUACAAGAAUUUGACUUAAGUUUCUUGAGAUUCAUUACAACCAAUUAGUGCAAAUGUACUCCUGCUAAAAAGUUAAAUGUGCUAUGGAAAUCACCAUGCUUACAAAGAGUGUUUCAUUUUCACUAAAAAACCCUAUGCCUUCCCUGCAUCAAAUUAACAUGCCUACUUCACAUUUUAGUAUCACGAAAUACAUACGAAUAUAUGUAUAUCACGAAAUACAUAAGAAGACCAAAUCUGAUGACAAAACUGGGGUUUUUCAUGGUAAUUAGAUCUCCCUUAUUUGAUGAACAGCACCAAACAGAACAGGGUCAUGUUACAAUACAAAUAUUUUGCAGCUCUUAAGUUUGGGAAAGUUGGAUAUACUUACCUAUAUAAAGGAGUUUGAUAUAAACUAUUUUUGUGUGACGAUGCAGCUAAUAAGUAUCACUAUAGUUUACAAAAAUAGUUAUGCUAUGUUGUGCAACCAACCAACUCCUAUCGCACCUUCGUGGACUUUAAUCUGUAUAGAAAGCAGAAUUUCCACACACAGCCCAGAAGUAUCUGCUUUCUGCACAGCCAUUCAUAUCUAAACAAUGAGAAGAAAACCACUGUCAGAUUGAAUUGUAAUUAUUACAUCCUUUCUACUGCCCUCUAAACCAGGGAUCCCCAAUACUGGUCCAUGGCCCAUUAGGAACCAGUCCAUGCAUCUGCCCAUGCGUGGGAUCCAGGUACUGCACAAAACCAUCCUCCCACCGGUCCCUGGAGCCAAAAAGAUUGGCGACUGCUGCUCUAAACUCUUGCAAGAAAUGGUUCUUUGGAAGCUUAAAAAUAAGCAAACCUUCUUUUCCAGGCUGGCUGGGCUAAAUCAGGGAUGGGACUGCCCAUCUGUUCUUCAAAAGUAUUUAUAUCCAUGGUAGGGAAAACUAUACACUGGAGUUAAUAUAAAUGUCACCUUUUUAGUACUGUUGAGUACCAUUAUUACAAAACUUUUUUAAAAAUGUAAUUGUGUUUAUUGCCCAGUUUUGACUGUGCCAUUUCAUAGCAACUUGCUUUUUUUUGUAACUUGUAAAACCAGCACUUUUUAUGUGUAUUUAAAAAAAUACAGAUAAAAUCAAAGAAAUUAGUUUUAAAGUUAACAGGUUUUUGAACACAAAGUAGAGUGUCUUGUAUAAUGUUGUUAAUGCAAAGCACUUUGAGAAGAGAAGAAGGUAUAUGCGAAUGUGUUUUCUAUCAAUCUUAGAUUUUUUUGUACAUAUUUUUAUACGCUCUUUUAUAGAGAGUUGAAUUUCUUAUACCAUGUUGUACAUUCGGCUGAUUUUGCUAUAGUUGGCAUCUAUUCAUUUUAUAUCAUAGUCCCUAAAAAAAAUAGUGUGGUUUUCUAUUAAUAUGUAUGUUUUGUGAUUGGUUACAAUUAAUUUUCAUAUAAUGGUAAGUUAUUUUUUGCCUUAUUUCAUGAAGUCUUUUUAAUAUGAAAGGUGAAAUGAAGGGUUUGUGCACAUAAUAAACACAAUAAAAUAAAACUGAAAAUGUGUAACAUA